AGUAAAAUGAUCUCUGGAUUUAUUAGACACUGAUGAUUAUACCUGUAUUUACCACCAUGAAUGUUAUUAAUUAUUCAAUCGCAUACAUCAUGAACGUGUAUUUUAAUUAUGAUGUUGAGGAGUUUGUUAACCUUUGAGUUGAGACGGAGAACAGCACCUGGCGGACAGAAUCCACAGAACACCGUUUCUUCGAAAGACCCGUAUUUCCGGCGUAGUUGUGGUUCCGUCUCCUUUCAGUGGCCGUUAGCUUCAGUUAGCUUUAGCUUGCUUCUGCUAGCUUCAGUUAGCUGUGACAGUUCGUCUCUGACCUGCAGCAGAUUCUCUGUCGCUUUUUUCUGACUCGGAGUUCGAUCAAUGCGUUCGGUCAUGUCCGGGACCUGCUAGCUGUUAGCCGUAAGUCGUGUCCCCGGUGCUAACAGUGCUAACAGUGCUAACAGCUUGAAGUGCGCUUCAGUCAGUUUGUUGUGAUGAAAACAUCGAGGACGAGACGUUAACAUGUUCCCUCACCUGCGGAGCCAGUAACAGGUCCCAGUGCCGUUCUCAUGCUCAGAUCAAUCACAUCGAUCAGACUGAUCAGCUGUGGACGUUCAUAGCGUCAUCUGAUCUGAGGUCAGAGUUGGACCCUCACUCCAGGACUCCUGACGGCAGAUAUGCUGACCUAGAAUCAGCCAGAGCUGUGAGUUCAAUCAGUGUGAGCAGAGUAAUCCAGGUCAGAGUCGUCAUGUCUGAGAACCAGGCCAACAACAACGUCCCUGUAAACAACAACAACAACAUGGGACCCAACAGGAUCCGAAACCCCAACGUCAACCAGAACCCCCUCAUCAAUGUCCGAGACCGCCUCUUCCAUGCCCUCUUCUUCAAGAUGGCGGUCACCUACGCCAGACUCUUCCCUCCAUCCUUCAGGAGAGUCUUUGAGUUCUUCGUCCUGCUCAAGGCACUAUUCGUCCUCUUUAUCCUCGCCUACAUCCACAUCGCCUUCUCUCGCUCGCCCAUCAACUGUCUGGAGGCGGUGAGGGAGCGCUGGCCUCGAGAUGGGAUCCUGCGGGUGGAGAUCCAGAGGAAUUCCAGCCGGGCCCCUGUCUUCCUGCAGUUCUACGACUCCAGUGGCCUCCAGGAGGUUAUAGAGACUGAGGAGGAAGGAGGGGUGGGGCUCAGUCUCGCAGCACUGCAGGAGGAAGACGAGGAGGAGGAGGAGAUGACUCUUGACAUGUUUGACAACAGUUCGGUGCAGUUUGAGCUCGACAUAGAACCUCGUCUGAAGCCGUCUGUGGUUGGAGGAGGAAGAGGAGGAGUGAACGACAGUCAGGAUGUUUCGUUCAGUCAGAACACUAAAGUUUGGCCUCAGGAGGAAUACAUUGUGGAAUAUUCUCUGGAGUACGGUUUCCUGCGUUUGUCUCAGAGCACAAGACAAAGACUCAACAUCCCUGUCAUGGUCGUCACAUUGGAUCCCAUGAAGGACGAGUGUUUUGGAGACGGAUUCAGUCGUUUCCUGCUGGAUGAGUUUUUGGGAUACGACGACAUCCUGAUGUCCAGCGUGAAGGCGCUCGCUGAAAAUGAGGAGAACAAAGGGUUCCUGAGGAACGUGGUGUCUGGAGAACAUUAUCGCUUUGUCAGCAUGUGGAUGGCCAGAACCUCCUACCUGGCCGCCUUUGUCAUCAUGGUCAUAUUCACUCUGUCCGUGUCCAUGCUGCUCAGAUACUCUCAUCACCAGAUCUUCGUCUUCAUCGUGGAUCUGCUUCAGAUGUUGGAGAUGAACAUGACCAUCGCUUUUCCUGCAGCUCCUCUGCUCACGGUCAUCCUGGCCCUCGUCGGUAUGGAGGCCAUCAUGUCAGAAUUCUUCAAUGAUACGACCACGGCCUUCUACAUCAUCCUCAUUGUUUGGUUGGCUGACCAGUAUGACGCCAUCUGCUGCCACACCAACACCAGCAAACGUCACUGGCUGAGGUUUUUCUAUCUGUACCACUUUGCGUUCUAUGCCUACCACUACCGGUUCAACGGACAGUACAGCAGCUUGGCCCUCGUUACGUCCUGGCUCUUCAUCCAGCACUCUAUGAUUUAUUUCUUCCAUCACUACGAGCUUCCUGCGAUUCUUCAGCAGAUCAGGAUUCAGGAGAUGUUACUUCAGAACCAGCAGGCGGCUCAGGCGGCCAAUCAGACAGCUCUGCAAGACAACCUGAACAACAACGAUGCCGCCACUGCAGGACCCGCCCCUGCUGAAGCAGAACAACCCCACCCCCCCAGUCCCCCCCAGCCCCCGGCCGACCUCCAGCCGCCCCCCCCUUCCUCUCCAGCAGGUGGUGGGGUAGGGGAAGUAAGGUCAGAGCUAAACUGGGUCGCUCACACGGCUGCAAUCAUCUCCGAAGCUUUGUCCUCCUCCGCCCACAAUGUCUCUGUCGAGUCCGUCACUUCUGGAGCCGCAGCUGGACGCCACGGGUCAGCUGGAGGCCAUGGGUCAGCUGGAGGCCACGGGUCAGCUGGAGAGAUCAGUGUGGUGGCUGAGUUUUGGAUGGGAGGAGGGGGUGAAGGGGGAGAGGAUCCAAACGUCUCAGUAGAAAUUAAAACCACCGCAGGAGGCGGAGUUGAAUCUCCACCAAGCCAUCCAAUAAGAGGGACAGAGGCGGGGCCCCCUCAGACAGACUGCCCCCCCUCACAGAGUUCAGGAACAGACUGUCGACCUCAUCAGACGUCGUCUAUGACCUGAGGAUCCUCAGGUCGUCUGACGUCAACUCACCUGUCGGACACUGUGCCUCCGUUUGUCAUGAUUGAUUGAUUAUCUGACCUUUUUAAUGUAAACUAAUUCCUGACUCAUUGAUCAGUUUACUUCUGAAUCUGGUUCAGACGUGAUUCAGUUACAAUGGAAACAAUACAUGAAACUGAGACGAGCUGUUUGUUAAAUUAUCACCAUGGAGACGGUGUAACCAAUCAGAGAAACUGUUGUUUUGAUGUUGAAUUCUUUUCUUGUUGCUUUUUUCGUCUUUCAGGCGAAACAAUCGAUCAACAAUUGAAGUAAUUGAUCAUCUGAAUUACAAAGAUUUAAUUCAAAUUCCUGUUUGAAACUGUGUUUGACGAGUGUUCGUUAAGUUUCACGUCUUAAGUAUGAACCAAUGGACUUGGAGCUGAAAAGAGGCGACAACAUACUUAACCCGAUGAUCAGUUAUUGAUCAUUGAUUGUAUGUUCAUUAGCUCUGGUUCUGACAGAUUGAAGCACAAACUCUGAACUGUGUUACUUUUUGUUUCCACCUGCUUUUAUUUAGAAGAAAAAGACUUUUAGAAGAGGACGUUUGUUUUGAAGGGUGGAUCAGGACUUCCUGUCAGAAUCGAUGCCUUAUCAAUAAUCUCCGGACUAUGAACGUCUCAUCAAUGUCAGCAGCAGAGCAAGAUGAUAGGUUGUGCAAUUUGAUGCCAACUGUGUCACACCUUAGGCCCCGCCUCCAGAGAACUAAUUGAAGUGACGUGAAUGCAUAGUGGUGACAGACCACGCCCUCUGUGCUCCGUGUCAGUUGGUAAUCUUCGUCACAUCUGGUCUCUAAUGUUCAGCCUUCCUGUGAUCGGUUAUUGCACAUGUUGAAUCACGCAGUAAAUUAAGAACAAAACAUGUAAAUAAACAGCCCCACCGGCUGGUGAAGUCUAACACUGACGUGAGCCCGGGUCAUCGAUGAAGAGGGUGGGGCCUAAAGUGUGACAUCAGAGACAGACACUGCAGCAAGCUUUCUUCUUUGUGCCUCUGCUGGUCGUCAGUCGUCUGACACCCAUCGUCUGUUUAACCAGUAAAAUUUCACAACAUCAAGUCUUAAUGCCUCCGACUCUUCUUGUUCAUUUCAAACAUCAAACUUUAUUCAACAAUAAAACAGACGCUGUUUGAAGGACUACAGAAAUGAGUUUAAGUUUGUUUGGAAUGACAUCACUAUAAAGUCAACUAAUAAAAUUAGAUGCAUGAUCUUGCUUAUAUUUGGGUGAACCAAUCAUUGGUGUGUUAUGUUAGCAUUAGCAGCUCUUUACUGAAGUUAGCAUACUUACAGCUAGCACUAAAAUGACGGAUCAGCUUAUCAAUACGUGAUCAUUAAAAAGACGUUUCAAUGACGAAAUGUUUUAUUUCUGAAUAAAAAUACAAAAAUAAACUAAAUGAAAACAUCACGACAUUAAAUGUUAUGACUUUAUAAAAACAGGAAAUAAAAUCUUUAUUGAACAUUUCUGAAUGUGACCUGAAGCCCCGCCCACUGCAUACUCAUUGGCCUAGACAGCUGUCAAUCGUCUGAUACAUCACAACACGUGUUUUUAUAAUUAAUGGGAAAAAAAAA